AUGGUCAUAAUUUCAUUUGGAUUGGAUUUGGAUUCACUCCACAAAUCAACCCACAUCCACAACAAGAACAACCUCCCACUCCAUCCACAGCCAAAUCUCCACAUCUAUCCCCCCUCUGUACUCCCCACAGCCCAAGAAGACACACAGAGAGUCUCCUUACCAACACUACUACUACUCCAGCACAGAUCUCUAGCUGGAAUGAGCCCAAAUACAAGGAACAAGCCUACUGACUGCCUAUUGACAUUAUGUCUACUUCAAAGAACUUGCAAGGGUGGUCGUGGCAAGCAGAACAAGUCUCCACAGGCAAAGUCCAGUGAGAAGUCCGCCAGUCAGAAGGCUAGCAUUCUUGAAAAGAAAAGGAAGGAUGUUAUUGGUGCAUCCUAUGCCACUCAUUGCUACAUGAUCAGAGAUCAAUUGAUCUCAUUCAAAUGGUACUUUGAUGAUGUGCCAGCACCUCAGCUUAAUUGUACAGAUCAGCGGCUUUGCUGUUUGCGUUCUCUUUUCCUUGACUUUUGUGGUAGUCAAAGGAGGGUUCAUAGACAUCUUUGGGAAGGAAUCUGUGAUGGUCUCCAUGAGUGCUCCCCCUCCUGCAAAUCCCCAUGGAGGACUGCUGGUGGCAAGUUGGCUAUAGGUUUGAUUGAGUUGUUUUGUUUGUUGAUGUUGCCUCAAAGCGUGUUGUGUGUGCUGCUGAAAAAACAUGUUUUGGUCUCAGAAAGAAACAAGGUAAGCGAAACUUUGACAGAAAGAAAGAGGAGCCAAGCCAAAUUUUCGUCUUUCUGA